AUGAAGAAAAGGACUAUUUUUGUCAAUAUUGCUGCGUCUGUGGUAUUUCUGGGGAUUUUUAUUGAGGGGUCUGCAAUUACGGCUAAUAACAACAGGUGUGACAAGAAAACAUUGAUUCUAUCACAUACCGACUGCGGCUCUUGCUCUUUAAAUUUUAAUGUAAAUUGUCCUGAGGGCUACGUAAAAGUCAGCAACGGGAGUGGAAUACGAGACUGCAGAUACACUUUGAAGUUGAUAACUACUUCUCUUCUUAUUCCUGGCUGCCGACACAUAUGUAUGAUGGACAAACCUCAGCCUCAGUGCUGUCCUGGCUAUUGGGGGCCGGACUGUCUGGAAUGCCCAGGGGGUGCUUUGACCCCGUGCAACAGCAGAGGAUCAUGCUUUGAUGGAAUACAGGGCAACGGAACCUGCUCUUGUAAGAAAGGAUUUGGUGGAACCACUUGCGAAACUUGUGCUAGAGAUCAUUUGUAUGGUGCAGACUGCAGCUCUGUAUGUGACUGUGUACACGGUGUUUGUAACAAUGGGAUCAACGGGGAUGGCAUAUGCUUAUGUUUUUCUGGCUAUGGUGGAAUCAGAUGUGAUCAGUCGUUACCAGAAUGUGAAGCACUACAAUGCAAAGAGAAUUUCAGAUGUGUAAGCGACAGCACUGGGGCACUUGCCUGCAAAUGCAUGCCGAACUAUGAGGAAGUCGGAGCAAAAUGUGAACCAAUUAAUCCUUGUUCAAAAACAGUUUGUGACGCUGCUGCUGACUGUAUAUAUUUGGGACCAAAUCAGCACAAGUGCGUGUGCAGAGAUGGUUACAAAGGAGAUGGUAAAAUUUGUUUACCAGUUGACCCAUGUCAAGAAAACUUUGGAAACUGUCCUGCACAAUCUACUCUCUGCAAAUAUGAUGGACCAGGAAAGUCUCACUGUGAAUGUAAAGAAGGGUACAAGGACUUCCGCUCUGGAAUUGGGUGUCAGAUGGUAGAUGUUUGUGCAACCAAAAAUCCAUGCAGUAAAAAUGCUAACUGCACCACUGUUGCUCCUGGACGGACUGAAUGUACCUGCAAGCAGGGUUAUGUUGGGGAUGGCAUGGUCUGCUAUGGGAACAUCUUGGAACGUAUGAAGCAGCUUAAUACUGAACCUGGACAGUGGCAAGGCAAACUAUCCAUUGCCGUAUCCAUGUUUGAUGCCUACUCCUGGCCACUCUCUACCAUGGGCCCAUUUACAGUACUGGUACCAAUAAACAAAGGGAUUAAAGGGAAAGAUGUAACUAGUCUUAAAGCAAACAAGGAGAACAUGUUGUAUUUUAUAAAACUUCACAUUAUUGCUGGCCAGUUAAGUGCUGAUAUAUUGAAUAAGACGGAUAUCAUUUACACAUUAACUGGGAAGUCUGGCGAUGUAACAGUCUUGAAUUCGGACAACUUGUUUAGGAUAAGGAUUCAUGGAGGUAAGAAGAAGGCGAAAGUACUACAGGAAAACAUAAUUGCUUCCAACGGGAUCUUGCAUAUAAUCGAUAAAACCUUGGACUUUGUGGAACCAACCCUGGAGAGCAACAAAAAGGAAUCAAUAAUGAAAAUUCUACAGGACAAUGGCAGAUACAAUACGUUCAGGAUGCUCUUAGAGAAAUCAAACUUGGGACCAGUUUUGGAGAAGGAUGGACCAUAUACCAUAUUUGUUCCUAAUAAUGAACCCCUGUCUAAAAUGGGAAAUGAAACUCUAGAAUAUCUGCUUUCCAAACAGGGCUCCCGAAAACUUCUGGAACUACUACGAUACCAUAUUAUCACUCCAGCUGAGCUGGAUGUUGCCAACAUCAUUUCAUCAAAUAGCAUUAUGACCAUGGCUAACCAACUAGUCCAGUUCAAUACAACUAGCAAUGGCCGGAUUCUAGUAAAUGGGCAAAAUGUUGAAGAAGUUGAUGUUGCUGCAAAAAAUGGGCGCAUUUAUACUCUGGAUGGUGUCCUUAUUCCGUCAUCAAUAUUGCCCAUCCUGCCACACAGAUGUGAUGAGACAAGAUAUGAAAUACAACGAGGAUCCUGUGUGUCUUGCACGAUGUCAUUUUACAGUAUAUGCCCUAAGGGUUCCGAACACCUUAGUAUUUUCAGCACAAAAUGCUUCCGCAGAACCACUGUUAUGGAUAGUGACUAUUCUCUGCUUGGAUGCUCUAGGUACUGCAAUGCAACAGUUAAGGUACCCCAAUGUUGUAAAGGUUUCUAUGGUCCAGACUGCAUUCCAUGCCCAGGAGGUUUCAUCAACCCAUGCUCUGGCAAUGGAGAGUGCAUGGACGGCAUUACUGGGAAUGGUACUUGUGUUUGUGAAGCCGCGUUCAGUGGAUCAGACUGUAGACGUUGUUUUGACAGUAACAAAUAUGGAAUCCGAUGUGACAAAAAAUGCCCCUGUGUCCAUGGAAGAUGUAAUAACCAUGUAGACAGUGAUGGGAGCUGCCUACCUGAUUCUUGCCUGAAUGGAUAUGCUGGGAAAUUUUGUGACAAGAAGACAACCCCAUGUGGUCCUUUGUUUACUUUCUGCCACGCACAUGCAGACUGCGAAUUUAGCAAUGGGACUCCAAGCUGUGUUUGCAAGCCUGGAUAUGAAGGAGAUGGAACAUUUUGCAAAGAAUCAAAUCCCUGCUCUACUUCAAGCGGGCAGGUGUGCAAUGUUAAUGCUGAAUGCAUUCAGACGGGCCCGGCACAGCACAAGUGUGUGUGUCGCACUGGAUGGACAGGAGAUGGACUGGACUGCUCAGAGAUCAAUAAUUGUCUCCAAGCCAAUGGAGGCUGCCAUGAAAAUGCUUCCUGUGUAUAUAUUGGCCCAGGCCAGAGCGACUGUGAGUGCAACAAAGGAUUCAGAGGAAAUGGUGUUGAAUGUGAACCAAUUAAUGUGUGCCUGGAGGAGAAAAAUAAGUGUCAUUUCUUGGCAAGUUGUCAGAAAAUGCCAUCAGGAUUUUGGGAAUGUGUAUGUCGAGAAGGCUAUGAAGGUGACGGUACUACAUGCUUUGGAAGUGUAGCAGAUGUGAUUUCAUCCCUUCCACAAGCUUCUGAAUUCUGGAAACAGAUUCAAGACCCAUCCAUAUUAUCAAUGCUUACUCAAUCACCUAACGUCACUGUGCUAGUGCCAUCCGUGCAAGCUUUCGAUAAUAUGAAUCAGCAGGACAAAGCCUACUGGACGGCAAAAGAAAAUGCGCCAGCCUUGCUAAAGUACCAUAUAAUAUCUGGUGUCUAUCGCGUCCAGGACUUAAAGAACUUAUCUUCAUCUGACUUGCUGGCUACGUCUCUACGUAGUAAUUACUUGAAGCUUUCCAAUGAAAAUGGGAGUAUCUCUAUUGGAGGAGCAAACUUUGUCGUUGGAGAUGUGGUUGCUAAAAAUGGGGUUGUGCAUCUUAUUGACAAGGUAUUGACACCUCUCCCUCUUAUGGCUUCAUCGGUGCCAGACCUUAUGGCUAGAUUAGACCAGAUGCCUGAUUAUUCCAUUUUUCGGAGUUAUGUUAAUGAAUACAAACUGGCAGAAGAGAUUGAAGCUGCUGAUUCGUACACAGUAUUUGCACCUAAUAACGAUGCAAUUAACGAGUAUAUUCGCAGCAAAAGUCCAGCAACUAUGGAUGAAGACACAAUGCGAUAUCACAUCAUACUUGGUCAGCAGCUUCUGAAGAAUGAUCUCCAUAAUGGCAUGCAUCGUGAAACAAUGCUGGGGUUCUCGUUCCAAGUUGGGUUUUUGACUCAGAACGACCAGGUGUACGUUAAUGAUGCGCUGGUAAAUUAUGCUGAAGUAGCAACCAACAAGGGUGUUAUUCAUGGAGUUGGGAAGGUUUUGGAAAUCCAAAAGAACAGAUGUGACUCUAAUGACACCACCAUUUCUAUGAGCGCGUGUUCUAAUUGUAAAUCCACACCAAUCUGUCCGGUGAACACUCAACCAGUGAUGAGUGCAAAAAAGGCCUGCAUAUAUACCGAAUAUACUGCAUUAAAAAGAUACAUCUAUGUUGGGUGUCAGGUGAAAUGUUCCAAGACACUAAUUACCAGAGACUGUUGCCCAGGCUUUUUCGGCCAGCAAUGCCUAACUUGUCCAGGCAAACCCGGGAGUCCGUGUUUUGGGAACGGCAUUUGCAUGGAUGGUAUUAACGGCACUGGGGUAUGUCAGUGUGAGGAAGGAUAUAACGGAACUGCGUGUGAAACGUGUAUCAAGGGAAAAUAUGGAACCCGCUGUAGUCAAGAAUGUACCUGUGUCAACGGAAAAUGUAGUGAUGGAAUCAAUGGCGAUGGAACCUGUGACUGUGAUGUUGGCUGGAAGGGAGUUAACUGUGACACUGUGAUAAAAGAUGAUAAAUGCAAUAAGACCUGCCAUUCAAGUGCUAACUGUCUUGUUAAGGAGGAUGGCACUGGGUACUGCCAAUGUGCUGCCGGAUUUAAAGGAAACGGCACGUUCUGCUCAGCUAUCGAUGCAUGUGAGACAAGUAACGGUGGCUGCUCUGUGGAUGCAGAGUGUCGAAGAACCAAGCCGGGAAGUAGAAUGUGCAUUUGUAAAGAAGGGUACACCGGGGAUGGCAUAGUGUGCCUUGAGAUUGAUCCUUGCAUGAAAAAUAACGGUGGAUGUGAUAAAAAUGCAGAAUGCACAAAAACUGGGCCAAAUAAGUUAGCCUGUAACUGUUUGCAAGGAUAUUCAGGAGAUGGUAAAACAUGCACGUCCAUUAAUCCAUGUCUGACAAAAAAUGGUGGCUGCAGUGAAUUUGCCACAUGCACCCAUACUGGACCAGCACAAAAAAUCUGUAGAUGCAAAUCCAAAUACAUUGGCGAUGGCAUUACCUGCAAUGGAAACAUCUACGAGGAAAUGCGCAAGAACCCAGAAAUGUCCGAAUUUUACUUCCUUUUACAGGCAAACAGCCUUAAUGAUCUUAUCGGACCUGGCCCUUUCACAGUCUUUGUUCCAUCGACUGAUACUUUGAAAAAAGAUCCACGUACCAAAGACUGGACAGCAAAAGGAAUGAUUGAUCAAGUCCUCCUGUAUCACAUCGUACAUUGUGCUCAGCUAACUAAAGAUGACCUAAAAGCAAUGUCAACUGCAACUUCCCUCCAAGGAGAACCUCUGAGAAUUACAUCUUCAGCGGAUUCCUUGAUCUUGAAUGGUGACGCAAAAAUAGUUUCAGAUGGGUUGGUGUUUACAAAUGGGAUUGUAUACACCAUAAAUAAAGUACUUGCUCCCCAGAAAAUGCAAUCCUUUAAGAAAAAACAAUAUGGGAAAGUAUUGGACAAUUUAACUAUGGUCGCAGAAGCCCAUGGGUAUGGUACCAUGAUCCAAUUAAUACAGGACACGGAUCUGAUGUCACUUAUUGAUGAUCCUAUCCACAGGCCGGUUACCAUAUUUUUGCCAACAGAUAACACACUAAGAAAUCUAUCUAAGGAACAGCAUGAUUUUCUCUUUAACAAUGAGAACAAAGACAAACUCGCUCAAUACUUAAAGUAUCAUAUCAUUAGAGAUGAGCAGAUUUCUUCAUCUGAUCUUGUUAAUCGUGAAUCAAGAAAAACUCUUCAAGGCUCAGAACUUAGUAUAAAAUGUGGAGAAAAUGACCCAGUGGCAAACCUGUUACUAGAUAACAGAGAGUGUAAGAUUGUCCAGCGCCAGCUCCUUUUCGAUGGAGGGGUCGCAUAUGGCAUUGACUGUUUGUUGACCCCAUCUAGUGUUGGUGGGCGAUGUGACAGUCUGGUUAGUUUUGAGAUGAUGGGUAAUUGUGGAAUGUGUUUUAACACUCCGGCCUGUCCUGCAGGAAGUAAACCCAAGGGGUCAAAGGCAAAAUGUUCCUAUAAUUUAACAUCUAGAAGAGUCAUAGAUGGGUGUCGUCAUGAAUGCACCAUGGUUGUGUGGAUGACCAAAUGCUGCCGUGGAUAUUAUGGACGAGAUUGCCAAGCCUGCCCAGGUGGUCCAGAAAAGCCGUGUAAUAAUCAUGGGACGUGUGAUGAUGGAUUCACUGGAACUGGGGAGUGUAAAUGCUUUGCUGAGUUUAACGGAACAGCAUGUGAUACAUGUAUACCAGGAAGAUAUGGAGCCGAUUGUAGAUCCUGUGACUGCACGGAACAUGGCCAAUGUGAUGAGGGCUAUAGAGGAACCGGACAGUGUCUCUGUGAGAGCGGAUGGACAGGGAAGCGAUGUGAAACUAAAUUAGUUUUGCCGCCGGUCUGCACACCUCCUUGUUCAAGUAAUGCUGUGUGCAAAGAAAACAACAUGUGUGAGUGCAAGCAGUUUUAUCAAGGAGAUGGACGAACAUGUCAAGUUGUGAAUCGUUGCCAACAGAAAAACGGUGGUUGUGACACAAAUGCAAAAUGUUUCCAAAGUGGAGUGAAAGUUUCCUGCAGCUGCCUAAAGGGAUACAAAGGAGAUGGGAAAACCUGUACAGCCAUUGAUCGAUGCGCUGAUGGACUGAACGGUGGUUGUGAUGAGCACGCAACGUGUACAAUGACCGGACCUGACAAACGUCAGUGUAAAUGUAAGGAUCAAUAUAUUGGUGAUGGCGUGAACUGUGAACUAAAGAAACUACCAAUUAAUCGCUGCAUGCAGGAUAAUGGGCAGUGCCAUCCUGACGCGGACUGCAAUGAUUUACACUUUCAAGAUACACAUGUUGGUGUGUUUCAUUUACGUUCUCCUAAAGGACAGUAUAAAAUGACGUUUGACGAUGCUACAAAAGCAUGUGCCAACGAGGAUGCCACAAUAGCUACGUACAAUCAGCUGUCAUAUGCUCAGCAGUCCGGCUACAAUUUGUGUUCAGCUGGCUGGCUGGCUGAGAAAAGAGUAGGUUACCCAACAACAUUCCCCAACCCGAACUGCGGAUCAGGUCAUGUUGGGAUUGUGGAAUAUGGGCCUCAGGACAAGCUUAACAACACAUGGGAUGUCUUUUGCUACCGAGUUAAAGAUGUGAGGUGUACCUGCAAACCUGGGUAUGUGGGAGAUGGCUAUACCUGCAAUGGAAACAUGCUUCAAGUCUUGAUGUCUUUUCCAAAUUUUUCAAAUUUUGUUUCGGAAAUUUUAGUGUACUCCAACACGUCACAAAAAGGCAAGGAGUUUGUAAACUACCUCACUAAUUUAUCAGUACAAGCUACACUUUUUGCUCCAGGCAACGAUGGGCUGGAUGAGAACAAGACUCUUUCAGGUCGUGACAUAGAAUAUCACCUGGCCAAUGUCAGCACAUUCUUUUAUAAUGACCUUGACAAUGGAACCGCUCUCCAAACCAGGUUAGGCCACAAACUGAUGAUUUCCAUGGACAAUGACUUAGAUGGUAUGAGAGCCCAAGCAACAAAGAAUAAGAACAGAUACGUAGAUGGAAAGAUGAUACUGCAAUGGGACUUUUUUGCUUCAAAUGGAAUAAUUCACAUGAUUUCUGAACCUCUUAAAGCACCCCCUCCACCCCAAGCUCUACAUGCAGGCCACGGGGCAGGGAUAUUCUUUGCAAUUGUUCUGCUUUUUGGGGUCGUAGCACUCGUAGUCUACGCAUACAAGAAGUUCAACAAACGAGACUUCCAAUUCCAGCAGUUUAAUGAGUAUGACGAUAAACAAAUGGUGUCAGAGCUUGACAUCCCACCAGCCUCAAACAUCGCUAAUCCUAUGUAUGACAGCUGUCGGGACCCUGCCUCUACUUCUGAGCCCACCAGUGAGCCAGCCUUCGAUCCCUUUUCUGACUCUGAUGAACAACAACUUGUCACCAUUGGUGGCCUUAAAAAAUAACAGUGAACUAAACCAACUUCUUGGUGGAACAGAAGAUACUGGAUUGUGCUUACAAAGUGGUGGAGGCUCAGCAGCAUUUUACAUUCAUCUGAUAUGGAUGAUCUAGAAUGUAUAUUACAGCGCAGCUUCACUGAAUUGUUCCUUCUCGUAAAGUGUCACCACCUUAUUCAGGACAGAAUGGAGCCAUGCUCUGGUUCAUUUAUCCAUCUUACAAUGUGACAACCUCCUUUACUGUGAACGAAAAUGUAAAUAAUUGCUUGUAUAUGAAUUGUGCUUUUACUCGGCGUGAAAGCUUUCACAUUGGCCGUAUUGAUAAAGAGCAGUUCCAGCGCAACAUACUAAAAGUGGACCAAGGAAAAAUUAGCAUUCCAUGGGUUUCCACGAUAAUUGCUCUUUGAAUAUGGCAUAUUUUUCUUUAUCAUUUGUAAUUUCUUAUUUUCUUUCUCAUCUGGAGUUGUACAAAAAAGAGAAGCAAAAAAGAGAUUUGGUUUAACUUGUCUAUCGUUGCACUUUAUUUUCAAGUCACUGUACUAAAUGCAAACCUUUUUUAAAAACCUGGGCAACUUAGAAGUGACCCACUGUGAAAACCUUUGUCUUUAUUUCCUGUGAAGAUUACAUUUUUUUUUACAUUAAACAAACUGUUGUAAUCAAAUGUGAUCUUUUAAUUUGAUUACCAGGGAAUGUGCAAUAGAAUUGUUUCAGCUCCCUGAUCAUCACUAUGCAUUGUGAAAGGCCAACUUGCCCAUCUUGCGGAAACUCACUAGUUCAUAAGCGAUGAAAACCUUUAGACUCCUGGGUUAGUGGAUACACCCAUCAUUGAUUUAUUUAAUAUAAAGUAAGAUUUAAUAGUGUGACUGAUUUCAACACACAGCACACCAUAAUUAUUUCACUGCCAUGAAAAGUCGCUUACCUGUGGAAGAGUUAAAGUGUGACGCACUCAACAUUGGAACCUUUUUGAAAGCAGACUUUCCCAAGAGAAGUAACCACAAUAGUUCAGGAUUUCUGUUUUCCCUCACAUAGGCGGCUUAUUAAUUGGUUGUAGAGUGCAGUUGCAGUACAUGCCCUCAUUGCAACUAACAACAUUUAAACUGGUAGCCACAUGCAUGGAUUCAAAAACAAGAUGUCGCGUUAACCUGUAACUCGACUGGCUGUUCAACUUCUUUUCUCUAUUGAUAUUAAAAAGAACUGUUCCUCA